CGUUCAUGACGUUCCGGUGUUUGAAAUAGAGGCGCGACGAACAUGGCGGACGACACACUUGAAAUUGGUUCAUCAGCUGAGGCUUUGGUCAGCCUAAAAGAAGGGAAGGGAACAACAUACAGAUCACCGCCUCGUAGCAGAAAUCCACCGAGAAUAAGAAAAAAGAACCAGAAGUUUUACAACGACGACGAAGAUACAUCAUACUCGCCCUCCAAGUCCCCGCGCCGGACAAGCAGGGCAGCUACCACUCUGAGAGUCAGAAAUAAGAGAGGACACUCUGACGAUUCCACGGGUGAAAACCACAAUACAAAGAUUCUCCUCAGUACCUCAGAUAAGAAGUCUGCCCAAUCCAUCGGAGUGCGCCUCAGAAAUCUCCUCAAGCUUCCAAAGGCUCACAAAUGGGUGUGUUACGAGUGGUUCUACUCCAACCUGGAUAUACCUUUAUUUCUGGGUGAGAAUGACUUCUGCAUUUGUGUCAAAGAAACUUUCCCACAGCUGAAAGCAAAGAAAAUUCGUCGUGUGGAGUGGAACAAGAUUCGCAGAUUGAUGGGCAAGCCAAGAAGGUGUUCCCCGGCAUUCUUUGCAGAAGAGAGGGCAGCACUGGAGCAGAGGAGAAACAAAAUCAGACUCCUUCAACAGCGCAAGCUAUCAGAAUUGAACAGCUUUAAGGAUCUUCCCGAUGAGAUACCCACACAUCUUGUCAUAGGAACCAAAGUAACCGCACGCUUAAGGAAGCCCCAAGAUGGUUUGUUCACUGGUACGGUAGAUGCCCUAGAUACAGUAAACAACAGCUACCGUGUGACGUUCGACAGACCUGGUCUCGGCAUCCAUUCAAUACCAGACUACGAAGUGCUAAGCAAUGACGAAAUUGAGACAAUCCCUCUGACAGCUUUCCAGCAGAAACAUCGCCCGAGACAGGCCAUCUUCUCACCACCCAGAUUUAUCCCUAGUCUAGGAUCUCCAAAUCCUCACCUUGACAAUGACCCAUUGUUAAGUGGUUCACCAUUCAAAGGUCGGCUGAUGAGCUUGGAAGGGGGAACGUAUGGCGGCUUUCCCAUCAAGUUCCUGGUACAAGUUACGAAACUUUCCAAGAUCCUUAUGAUUAAGAAAGACUGGAUCAAACAGUUAAAAACUAUGAACACAGAGGCAGAAAAGAUGAAGUCCUUCCUAGAACCCAUUUCUCCAGAGUUCCAGAGGAAGUACGCCAAUGCGGUACUACAGCUGGAGGACCUCAACAGAGAGCUCAACGAAUGUCUGAUAGGGGUACAACAGUACUGUCAGGAGAUUGCCCCAGAGCAGGGCCUUACUCCCCUCGACCAGCCAUCAGAGAUCAGGACCAAGUGUGAUGACGAGGCAGAGGAAAUGGUUUCAAGGAUAAGUGGGACCAUGUUCCACAAUCGGAAGAAGAAUCCCAAAGUCAUGGACCUAAUCGCCGGCCUAACCUCUCUUAUGUUACAAGUGCGGACGUUUUCGGAAACAGAGUUGAACUCAUUUGAAUUCAAGUCUUUACAGGACACAUUACAAGAUGUAAAGAGCCAUCUAGAUGGGAACAGCUUGAACGCCUUCAAGAAUAAUGUAGACAUCCACAUCAAUCACAUUCAGAGUGGACUGAGCCAGAUGGGAAAUCUUCACGCCUUCUCAGCUACCACAUUCAAUGUCUGAUGAUCUCCGUCAAUGAUUCGGACUGGAACUUUUAUUACAAUAAUCCUUGUGUACUAUCUAUUAGCACUGCCAAAUUCAUGAAUUCGAUACAAUCUGAAAUUUGGAAAAAGCCAAUCUGCAAACAUGAAAUGAAUUGCAAAUGGUGAUUAGAUGGUGCAUGACAAUAGAUGGUACAGACCCAGUAUUGAAGACAAAAUAUGGUGCGUCAUGAAAAAUUCAAUUUAGUAGGUAAAGGUGUACCUAUUUCUUCGGUUAUCAUAUUUUUUGUUGUUUUAUUCAAAUAGUUGCUACUUUUUCGUGGAUGAAAUAUAAAACGCGAAAAAAAAUCCCAAUCUUGUAAAAAGCAUUGUGCAAUAUUGUAAAAAUAUUAUACAAGGAAAUACUGACUCUGUUAGAAAAUUUUAUUUUGUUUUUAUAUAUUAUUGAGAUAAUCGGUGGGAAAACCCCUGAUAUUCCAGUGUAUGAAUAUCUGUUAUUUUCAUGAAAAAGUGUUGAACUGACAUUGUACAAAUUUUUAAAUUCAGACAUUUAAGACGAAAGUGUCUGUUUAUAGUUUCAUGUGGAAGUAAGACAAUAUUAUAUGUAAUGUUUUGAUGAUUGUAACAUGCGAUCAGAAUAUCAAUUUUGUUUAUAUAUUGAUGACAGACAUAUUGGAGAAAACUUAUGAUCCCUCCCCAUGCCAACCCAAUCAACAGGCCCUCCCCUCUCUCACCGUGGUGAUUGUCCAGCCUCUCUCAUCAUAGAAUAGUAUAUUUGCCACAUUAUUCUGAGAUGAAAUUUUUAUAUAAACACAUAUGGCCUUAUUUAAACAACAAGAAUACAUAAGUAUACAAUUUUAUUAUAUUUGCAAGAACGAUUUUCUUACCCAGACAAUUUAUUGGUCACUGGUGACGUUAGUGAUGUGGGAGUUACUUCCCCUUGUUCACAACUGUCGUAAACCUGUCGCAAUCGCUGGUUACUCUUUCUGUUCACGAUCUUAGCCUGCUCGCAGUCUAUUACAUGAUUUUCUUUGUUAACAUGGUCCGUUAUGGCCAAUUUACAACAUACAAUUUUGUUAAUGACAUGUCUGCUAAAUAUUCCAGAAAUAUGUUAAUCCUAUAUGUUGUCAAUCUGAGUGUUCCUGAUAUAACCCAGUAGCCCCAUUUUGUCUGUAUGUGUUAUAGGUGAAAGUCAUUAAGUCCUGGUUAUAAGUUAAAGAAUCACCGACACAUAUAUACAGUGAAUCAUCAUUAUGUUAUGAAGUAUUUUUACUUUCACUGCUAUUACUGUUCUUACACCUUUUUUGUUUGCAUUGAUAUUAUUUUCUUAAAGGUGUGACAAUUAUACUCUAUUCCUGGAAACCUUUUCAACAGUAAAAUAUCCACCCUUCAUCUAUAAACAUUGUAUCUGCCUGCUGUUAUCUCAAUCACUCCUAAAAUUUCAUAAUGAACUAUUCCAACCUUUGAAUUGGAAGAGUUCAAAUGUGUUUUCAUGGGUGAAUGAGUUAAUUUUACUCUUUGUGGUGAAAAUACAUUUUAUCAUCAGCUAUUUACCAUUACUUAUUGGUGUAAUGAAUACACCCCCUUUGGAGAUGAAACAAUUAUCCAGCAGUGAAUAUCUUACUGAUGUACAUAUGUUAUGUAAAUCUGUCUCUUACUUGUAAAAUACUUUAUUUGUCAUUGCAAAAUAUAUUAAGCUAAAAACUUUUGAAACCUCAUCCUAGUGUGCCCAUUGAUGAAAGAACACUGAAAAGUGUCAGUUUUUGACUUGUCGUCUUUGUAAGAAAGAUUUUUGAACAAUUUAAGUUUCAAGAGGAAAAGUUUGAUAUGACUUGUAUGAUAUAAGGCCUUUGUUGACUUUUUUGUCUCAUUUCUAUUUUUAAUGUCUUUAAAGGAUUUUGUUAAUCACGAUGUACAACAAAGUGUGUGUUCAGACGAAAGUGAUUCAAUGUAUUGGUAAGAAGACAGAUGUAUGGAGAUUUAGAAAGUCCUCCAUACCUUUUAAUAUUUUGGUAAUUGCCUCUUUGAUAUCAGUAAAGAAUAAAGUUUUCAUGAUUAUAUGACAUUUUAAAAGAAAAUUAUACUGCAUAUCUGAAAGUUGAUAAGUUUAAACAGCAUUUAUUUCAUAAUUGGCUCAUAUAUGGUAAAAAAAUGAAAUAAAAUUGUAGCUUGUUAAUCGAGAUACUAAUUCCAGUGGUCUCACUGCUGGAAAUUAUUGUGAAGUGGAAAUAUAUAGAUAUAAUACAUGUAUAGAUUAUGUAUUAUUAUAUAUACAUAUCAGAAAUAUUGCCACAGUGUAAAUUUAUAAACAUGAUCAGUUUGAAAAGUCACAAAGGAAACAUUUCCCCUUGCAAGAGUUUCCACUUUAAUAGUAUCCAGCUAAAAUCUUUUAAUCUCACAAUUCACGCUGGGAACAAAAAUUGCUGACUUAUUGAGGUUCCGUCCUAUAUUCAGGGUUCUUGCAGCUGUGAAAAUUCAUUUUGAGUAUACAUAAUAUUGUUAAAGACAACAGGAGGAAAAAUUGAUAAAUAAAUGCUCGUGUAUGAGAGGGAGGGUGGAGGAGGGGGUCAAAUGGAGGUCCAGCAGAUUGGAUAUUUGUUUGACAGCAGAUCAGAUCUCAAUUUCAGUGGUCAAGAAAUAUAACUGAAUUUCUCUUUAACAUUUUUCUUGCUCACAAUCAUCUGAAAUAAAUUGAUUUUAAUGA